AUGGACAACUAUUUUGGCAGUCCAUCUAUUAUACGACCCCCAUUGGAUCAACGAAGAACAAUACAACCUGAUAUCAUUCAUAUGAUAAAUAGAUUCGGGCAUACAAUAUCCCGAAAUUGUAUUUGGGAUAGGUGA